ACAACACAAGGCAUGCCUUCAAAUCAGUCAUUCAUUUGUCGAUUUGUUUUGAAUUCAAUUGAAUCGACGGACUAAUGAUGGCAUCCAUUCAAGCGCUCAACCAUUUCCUCAAGAAGUCCACACAUUGUCUCAACACUUACGCCAAUGUCUUCGCGAGGCAUGAGUUGCGGUUAACCGACAAUUUGGGACAACAGAUCCGUGGGAAGCGUCGCGGACUGCCUCACACUCCUAUCCGAUCAGUGCCUCAAGAGUUGCCAUUAGAUGCCGAAGAGGCGACUCAUCGGACAUCGAAUGCCGAGUCUGUGGUGCCGUCAGAUUUGGCUGAACUUCGGUUUGCAUUCCCGGAGUUUCUGCCGAAACCUGUUGUCCAACACAGGGAUAGACUCUGCGAACAACUGAUGCGAAAGGAUCUGAUCCGCCGGCGGACUGUCCUCGAGAUACCCGAGUUCUACGUGGGAUCCAUACUCGCCAUCACUAUCAGCGACCCGUACGCGCCCGGAAAGGUGUCCCGGUUUGUGGGCAUUUGCAUACAGCGCUUAGGACAGGGAACUGAAGCCAACUUUACGCUCCGUAAUCGCGUCGAUGGACAGGGAGUGGAGAUCCGCUACGACAUGUAUAACCCAACCAUUCGCGAGAUCCAAGUGUUGAGACUCGAGAAACGGUUGGACCCGCACCUCAUCUACUUGAGGGACGCGUUGCCUGAAUACAGUACGUUUGCGUUUGAUAUGACCCCUGAGCCGCACCCGCCCGGACAGGAGGUGCCCCUCAAUGGUGUCAAAGUGGUGAUGAAGAAGUGGCCUUGGACAUCCAAGUGGGAGAUCAAGGACUUGCAGGGCAUCGCACAACUGUCCGAUUUGCCAGACUAUCGGUUCAUCAAUCGGUGGAAAACUAAGAAUGAGUUCGAGAAGUACGACCUCAUGAAGGAGUACAGGGAUCACAUCCCCGAAGAGGAACAGCUGUCCAUUUGGAAGGAGGUUAAGGACCACAAGGAGACCAUCGCUGAGGUCAGGGCUGUCGAGAGACGCAAGAAAUUACUGCAACAGACCGUUAAGAAGACAUAACACGUGUCUCACUAUUGAUUGUGUUUUAUAAAAGUGUUGAUUAC